CAUUAUUACACACAAACUCAACUCUUCAGUGCCUCAUCACAGCCUCAAAAACACCAUUGUCCACGAACAUGUCUACCCCAGCCAAAGUUACCUUCACCUCUCGCGGCUACAAGCUUGCAGGACACUUCUACCCUCCUGUUGUCAACUCUCCCAACCGUUCGGGAGCAGCUGUUGUCAUCGCCCACCCGUGGACCUCGAUUAAGGAACAUUCCCCCGCCCACUACGCUCGCGUCCUCUCCCAGGCCGGCUUCUACUGCCUCGCUUAUGACGCGGCCUACCAAGGAGAAUCCGAAGGAGAGCCGCGCUAUCUCGAAGACCCUGGUCAGAGGGUCGAGGACAUCAAGUCGGCCGUCACGUACCUCGUCAGUCGCAAUGAAACCGACUCUGGAAAGAUUGGCGUUCUAGGCAUCUGCGCAUCAGGUGGCUACGUCUCCUUUGCCGCUCAGACCGAUCUCCGAAUCAAGGCCGUCUCCAUCUCUGCCGGGGUUUGCUCCGGCACGAUGGCGCGUCAGGGCCUCGACAAGGACGGAUCCAACCUUGCUGUCCUUCACACUCAGCUGGAGGCCGCGGCCAGAGACCGCAACAGCGACGUUACCGGGGAGAAAGUCGAUAUUAUUCACAUGUUGCCUGAUGAGUUCGACCCGGCGACCGCCUCUGCCGAUAUGCCCGAGUCGUUCCGUGACUUGGCUUCGUACUACUGUACGGCCCGGGCCACAGCCGCCCACCCCCGUAACCCCAAUAUUUGCCUGCCGCGAAGCUGGGACAUCAUGGGCAACUUUGAUGCCUUUGCCUGGAACCAGCUGAUCAGCCCGAGGCCGUUUUUGGCCAUUACUGGUACUAAAGCUGCCUCCAAGUGGUAUAGCGAGGAUGCUGUUGCGAAGGCUAAGGAGCCAAAGGAGCUAUUCGUUGUUGACGGGCUUACUCAUGCCGACUUGUAUGACAAUGUUGAGGUUGCCGGGGCUAAGCUCAACGAGUUCUUCGGCAAGUAUCUAGUCUAG